AUGGGUCAGUUGGAUAUUAGUACUGAUGAAGCUAACUGCAUCACCAAACUAAGAGAGCUGGAUAAAUUGUCCCAGAGCUCUCAUAUUUCAUGGGCAGAAACUCAAUCUCAAGCACCCGAGGAACGAGGACUCCUGGCACGACAGAAACGAAACCUCCUUCUGUCCAGCGGAGUGCAACUCUGUUCCCAGGAGACUCUGCAGCAAGCCAUAGCCAGCCAUCUCAAAUAUUACCAGCUGAGAGUGUGCCAGGAGGUAAUAUGGGAAGCGUUCAAGAUUUUCUUGGACCGCAUACCUGUAGACGAGGAAUAUCAGCACUGGAUGAGCCAAUGCCAGACUGGGACAAUCAGUACAAGGGAGAUUGGCGUUACAAUGAGCCAAUCAGAGGAACAUCUGGCUCUGAUUCACAGCGUGAGUAGGAGUGUUGUAGUUAUAAGACAACCUAGGCUGGUUCAAUCUGGACUGAAAAAGCGUCAGUGCGAGUCAUCCAAAGAACAGGACCUCAGCCCUUCAGACGGGUCAGUGGGUACGCUAUCCACAGAGGUCAUUUCAGGCAUGACCCUAGCAACCCUGGAUGAAAUGGGCUUCGAAUCCUGGCAAGUUCUGACAGCAUCAUCUGGCACCACAAUUUCGGAAGCGCACAGUGAGGUCAGUGAGCGCAUCCCUGUGAUGGUACACCCGACAGUGGAGUAUAGAAUGGAUCUCACCGGGAUACUGAAAGGAGAGCGAUGGAGAGUGCAGCUCUCAAACCCAACCAGCAGCCAAUAUUACACACUCUCUCAGCGUUUUAGUGAGAAGGUAUCAUCUACACUCACUCACAAACGCAUUCACUCUUACUCCUACACUUUAAAUACUGCCUCAGUUGGAUACUUCUGGUGUGGAUGUAAUGUUAGUGCAAUAUAUUAUGGACUGAAGGAUAGAUAUACAGUACACUUGUGUUGUCUUUACAGUGGAGAGGCUGUAUUGGUGAACUAUGUAGUGUCCCUUCAGACACUGGGACAGGAGAUCAGCAGUGAAACUCUGGACUUCAUCAACAUGCAGUUGAACAUGAUGGAGGGAAACUUCAGUGAUGCAGAAAAACCCACCGUUCUCCACACCAUCGCUGACCUGCAUGUCUACAUCACAGACGCCCUGCUUGAGGAAACAUCUCCAGAGGAAGCCCAACCUACAAAGGGACCUGAGAUAACGUAUGAGAGACAAACUACAACAAUGACACAAGGAUUCCCUGGAGAGGAAGCAGAGGAAGAUUCCAGUUUAUUUGAGGAAGUGACUGAUGUCACUAUACAGCCACACCUCACUGAUCAGGCCAGCACCUCAGAGGAUACUAAGCUGAAGGAAGACGUGCAUCUAUACAGUGCUGUGGAAACUCAAUCUCUGCCCAGUGUGACUCCUACCCUGGCCUCCAACCGAGCUGCUGGUUCCACAGAUGCUGUUUCUGGUGAUGAGACUUAUCAACGAGACGACAUUCUUGAAAAUGACCUGUCCGAAGAUAGUGGAGAACACGCUGGAAAAAUGGAUGAAGACGCAUCUCUUUUAACCGACACACCUCUAGCGAGGGAUUACGAGUUCUCCACCUUUACCACUCUGGCACCACCUAGUCCCACACCAGCCACAGCAACAACAGAAUCAGCAGCAGCAAAAUACCAUACACUUACAGAGCCAGACAAACGGCAAGAAAACUCUCUAGAGGAAGAAGAGCUUGUGACUCCUCCCCAAACAGCGAAAGAUGUAGAAGAUGCUGAAGUUCCUACACAAACAGAAGUGGAAAUGGCUAUGGAAGUGACCGAAGCCUCUAGAGAAGUACACAAGGCUGUUACUCUGUUAUUCUCAGGAAUAAAAGACGUUAACAGUUUCACAGUUAAAACGAAAGAAACGCCGAACGUUGAAAGAGAAGGUUUUGAUGUUUCCAUAGUAAUAAAGGGAGACGAGUAUGGGCUUGCUAUGGAAACAAUUACUCCAGCUAUUGAGAUUCAUGAAGAGGAGAUCCCCACAGAAGCUCAUUCUGUUCACCCCAUACAUCUCUCUCCAGAGUUUGUUCCCACCAUGCCCUCGGAAGUCACUGUUCCUGAGAGAGAGUCUGUUCAUCUACCAAAUGGAACAGCAGAAGGGAGUGAAAUCAGUAUCGCCCUGCCGACUAGCGCUUGGCGUGCUCUGAUAGUGUUCUUCAGUCUUCGGGUGAACAAUAUGAUAUUUUCCGAAGAUUUGUUUAAUAAAAGUUCCCCAGAGUACAAAGCCCUGGAGCAGAGGUUCCUUGAGUUGCUGGUUCCAUACUUGCAGUCGAACCUCAGUGACUUUCAGAAUCUGGAGAUACUAAACUUCAGGAACGGCAGCAUUGUGGUGAACAGCCGCAUGAAGUUUGGAAAGCCAGUCUCUCGAGGAGUCACCACAGCUGUCUACCUGAUCCUCGAGGACUUCUGUAGCACAGCAUACCAGACCAUGAAUCUGGCCAUAGACAAAUACUCAAUCGAUGUAGAAGCAGGCGAUCAGGCAGACCCGUGUAAAUUCCAGGCAUGUAAUGAGUUUGCAGCGUGUACAGUGAGCCGCUGGUCCAGUGAAGCAGAGUGUGUGUGUAACCCGGGGUACUUCAGUGUUGAUGGCUUGCCCUGCCAGAACAUCUGUGAAAUCCAGCCAGGUUUUUGCCUUAAUGAUGGCAAGUGUGACGUCGUUCCGGGUCGAGGAGCCAUCUGCAGGUGUCGAGUAGGGCAUAACUGGUGGUACAGAGGAGAGCACUGUGAAGAGUAUGUGUCAGAGCCGUUGGUGGUGGGGAUCGCCAUAGCGUCGGUGGCUGUCUUCCUGCUGGUGGCUUCAGGAGUCAUCUUUUUCCUAGCUCGGGCUCUGAGAAACCAGUACGAAGAGGAGGACAUUGUGAGGAGACGAGACAGUAUUGCUUCCCUGGAAUGGGCUACAAAGUACAAUCCCAUGUAUGAGAGUGAUGUGACGACGGGCUACAAUCAUUACUACCAGCGGUAUCCCGAACCUCCGGUCCACAGCAGCGCCAGUGCCGAGGUCUCCACAGACUUCAGCACUGAGGAGAUCCAGCACAUCUACGAGAACAUUGAACUCACCAAAGAGGAGAUUCAGGACCGGAUUCGCAUUAUUGAUCUUUAUGCUAAAGAUCGUCAGUGUGUGAACAUUGUGAGACAGGAUCAAGCGUGAGUGUGGCUGUGUAACUGUGUUAUUCAUUUCCUUUCUGUACAAGGUAUGUUCACUUUUCUACGUGUGUGUGUUUGUGUGUGUGUGUGUCAUACUGUACAGAAAAUGUGGUAGAUACUCAGAGUGAGAUUUCAUCAACAUGGAAAGGACACACCUUGUAGCCUGCUACACACAAGAAGCUAUUCCUGUUAACCAAUCAGUAAAAUGUCUUCACAUUAGUUUAACACCUUUUCAUUUGCAAUUUAAGACAUUAACCUGUUUACGGUAUUUUGUUAACUCGUCUGUUUAUUGCCAUUACAGGAACAUGUGAAGAAUGCUUGAUGAGCAUUUAGGUGUAUAGUCUUUUCUCUUACCUAUACCACACGGAUCUGAAUGUGUAUCAUAUGAGAUGCUUGUUUCCCAGUUAGUGCCUUAUUGAAUGUGCUUUAAUGGGGGUUGAUUACUCAGCCAAUCAUAAGCUAGAGUUCAGAAAUAUGGCCCUGUCCCAAUCAGAAACCAUUCACUUUCUUUUUCACCUUAUUUUGAUGCGUUUAGUCUUAAACUAUGGUUUUAAUAAGAUAUCGUCAUAUGUCCUACAAACAACAGGAAAUAUCAGGUGUAAUAUGUACUCAAUGUAAAUAUUCCUUUAUAAUGGCAGUGGUGGCCAGUGGUGGCUCGUUGGGGGGGGGAUCAGUGCAAAGAAAAGAAUUUCACUGUGCUGUAAUGUACAUGUGAUAAAUAAAGACUCAUCAUCAUUAUCAUAAUCAUCUUUGUAAAUGCGAAUGAUGUUGGUCUUUCUGGACCACUGAAUCUCUGAACAGAUGUUUUAUUCUCCUUUAAUACCACUGCUAAAUCUGAGGUGUGGCAUGUUUUCAAUUUCCCCACAUCCUCUCUGACAAGGCCAAAAGAGAUAAAGCUGGAAGAAUGAUUACUUUCCAGAUUUAUUCCUCAUAAUCUCGGCCCGCUUUUUCUAAAGUUAUUACAACCCAAUUUUUGAUCCACAGGAUAAAAGGAGAUAAGUGAGAGCAAGGGAGGAAUGUAAGAGAGCGUUAUCAAUUCUUUCAUGCUGCUCUAAAUUGAUUCCCAUUACCUCAAACCAGACCGAUCUCCAGGACAACCCACAGAAACACACUCAAACACGACGUAGCAGCUGACGCUGUAGAACUGAACAGCUGUAGCUUCUGUAUUCGGUUAGCUUUUAUUUUUUAUCUUUUACUCCAUUGCUGACUGAGCAUGUUACGUAACUACCAAUAAUAGUGUCUAAUAAAAAUGAUAAGGAUGAUAUAGUAUGCCAAUGCGAAAUGUUCAGUGAAUGUAUUUUAAUAUAUUAGUUUAUCAGUAUUAUCAACACAUUCUUUUGAGGUGUAAUUAUAUUAUUUGUCCAACAAAUGAACCAAAAGCAUUGACCAUGUGAACGUGUUUCUGUUAAAAGAAUUAAAACCACGUUUUAAUUCCUGUGCUUUUGUUUCAGUAUGAAACACAUUUUGACGUGUUACAGUGCUGUAAAAAAGUAUUUGCCCCAUCCUGAUUUCUUCUGUUUUUGUGUACAUCUCGUAUUAAGUAGUUUUUACGAAAUACAACAUAAAGCAAAGGCAACCUGAGUAAACACGCAAUACAGUUUUUUUUUGUUUUGUUUUUUACUGACGCAACAACAAAGUUAUCCAACACCUAUCACCAAUGUGAAAAAAAUAAUUGGACCCUUAAACAUAAAAUCUGGUUGUGCCACCUUUAGCAGCAAUAACUGCAACCAAAUGCUUCCGAAAACUGGACGUCGGUCUUUCACUUACUUCUAGGACUUAUUCCAACGCUUUGGAUUGUUGUCUUGCUGCAUUAUCCAGUCGCGCUUGAGUUACAACUUAUGGACUGAGGACCGGACAUUCUCCUUUAGGAUUUUCUGGUAGAGAGCAGAAUUCAUGUUUUCCUCAAUUAUUGCAAGUUGCCCAGUCCCUGAAGCAGUAAAGCAUCCCCACACCAUCACACUGCCACCACCAUGCUUGACCGUAGGUAUGAUGAUCUUUUUGUGGAAUUCGGUGUUUGGUUUACGCCACAUGUAACGGGAAUCCUGUCUUCCAAAUAAUUCCACUUUCAACUCAUAAGUCCCCAGAACAUUCUCCCAAAAGGUUUGAGGAUCUUCAAGGUGUGUUUUGGCAAAAUUCAGAUGAGCGUUAAUGUUCUUCUGGGUUAGCAGUGGUCUUCACCUCACCACUCUUCCAUGGAUGCCAUUUCUGCCCAGUGUCUAUCUGAUAGUGGAGUCAGAAACAGUGACCUUUUUUGAUGCAAGAGAGGACUGUAGGUCCAUUGAUGUUGUCGUUGGAUCUUUUGUGACUUCCUGGAUGAGUCGUCGCUGUGCUCUUGGAGGAAUUUUGGAAGGUCUGCCACUUCUGGGAAGGUUCACUACUGUGCCGCGUUUUUCCAUUUGAAGAUAACGGCUCUCACUGUAGUUCUUUGAAGUGCCAGAGCCUUUGAAAUAGCUUUGUAACCCUCCCCAGACUGAUGUAUUUCAAUCACCUUCUCCUCAUCAUUUCUAGACUUUCUUUCAUCUUUAGCAUAGUGUGUUACUGUGUAAGACCUUUUAACCAACUUCAUGCUGCUGAAAAAGUUCUAUUUAAGUGUUGAUUUGAUUGAACAGGGUUUGCAGUAAUCAGGCCUGGUUGCGUCUAGUCCAGCUGAACCCCGUUAUCAUUGCAGUUUAUCAUAGACUUUGUUUUAAUUUCUGAAACAGUUUAGUAUGAGAUAUACACAAAAACAGAAGAAAUACUUUUUCACAGCACUGUAAGUAGUCUGCUGCUCAAACUGCUGGUGUGUCAGUCACAGAAAUAACAACGUCAAGGGAAAGCAUGACAGCAUAGUUCCAACAAUGAACAGCUGCCCUAGAAAGUGGGUACAAAAAUGGGAGAAUGUUAGAGCUUAAGCACAGAGAUAGCCAAAUGUAAAUGUCAUAGUUGCCAAAUGGAAAUAGGAAUAAAACCAAACAACAGGAAGGUAGAAAACAGUGUUCCCCCAAAUCACCCUGGUUUAAUGAAAACAACCUGUUUUAACGACUCAGAAACUUGGACCUUUGAGCAGUGGAACAAAGUAAUAGGUUCUAAUGAGUCAUCUGUUGCUGUUCUUUUUGCAUCUGAGUGUAUUUUUCUUUUGAGCUUUAGCUCUCACUGAUUACAAUGUUUCUUAUUGACAAAUGAUGUCAUGUCCCUCUAGAAAUCCAUGUUUAACAACAAGCCAAGAAGGACUGAGGUAAUUAAUAAGACAAAAUACAGCUCAGGAUAUUCCACAAAGUAACUCUGCAGAUUCAGAUCUACUUUUCCUUACCACCUUUGUACAUAUAGAUAAUGUACUGACCUGAUAAUAUAGAAAAUCAACAUUAAAAUCAUAAAAUCAACAUCUAAGACAAAUUUUAUAUUUAAAAAAAAAAAAAAAAAAGGAUGCCUAAGACUCUUGCACAGUACUUCACACGAAUUAGCGUUUGACAUUAUAUAAAACCUUUCCUUCCGAAUAAAUGCAGAGGUACCGUUUAUCUUAUAGUCUGAAAGUUUCAGCGUCAAUAUUAAAGUCACAAUCAGAGUAGUACUGUUUUUGGUAAUGGAGCAAGGUCAGAUUCUUUUAAGACAAAUGCAUAAUCCAAUUAUUCAACACACAUUCCAUCCAUCCAUCUUCUAUACCGCUUAUCCUUUUCAGGGUCACGGGGGAACCUGGAGACUAUCCCAGGGAGCAUCAGGCACGAGGCGGGGUACACCCUGGACAGGGUGCCAAUCCAUCGCAGGGCACACUCACAUACACACUCACACACCCGUUCAUACACUACGGACACUUUAGACACGCCAAUCAGCCUACCAUGCAUGUGUUUGGACUGGGGGAGGAAACCGGAGUACCCAGAGGAAACCCCCGCAGCACGGGGAGAACAUGCAAACUCCACACAUACAGGGACACGGUGGGAAUCGAACCCCCGACCCUGGAGGUGUGAGGCGAACGUGCUAAUCACUAAGCCCUCAACUUGACUUUAUAGGCGUACUUGUUAUUGAGGAUUGGAUUAAACAGAUUAAAUUCAGGUGACCGGUCAAAUCAUCUAAUAGCUAUGAGAACUCAAUAAUAAAUGGAAUCGCAUUGAUAAUAGUGGGUUGUGAUUUCUAUCACUGCAACAAAAAUGAAAUAAAUAAAUAAAUAAAUCACAGACCAUCUGGCUAUGUUUAAAAGACCCACAAACCCCUAUUGUUAUUUACAGUUCUAUGGCAAUUUAAAUGACCAGAACACAAAGAGACUGAAAGAUUGUCCUAGUCAGCUUUGCUCUGCUCUAUCUCAGCUUACUUACCUUACUAAUUGGCACAGUUAGUGACAGUGUAGCGCCAACCAGUACUUCCAGUUCGAGUAUGAGCGUGUCAGAUAUAACAGGUAGUGCAAAAGAAUAACAAUAUAAUAAAAAUGCUGUGAAUGUAAACGUAACAUACAAUGACGUUCUGUAGUAUUCAGCAGAUUAGCUUAUAUACCAUACAGUGGUGUGAAAAAGUGUUUCCUGAUUUCCUCUGUCCCUGUGCAGAUCCCACACCAAACCGUCUCAGAAAUUCAAAUAAAGUCUAAGACAAAACAAAGGCAACCCGGGUAAACACUAAAUACAGUUUUUAAAUGAUAAUGUUAUUUAUUGCAGCAGGAAAGUUUUCCAAUACUAACUGGGCCUGUGUGAAAAUGUCUUUGCUCCCGUAGUUACUAAUUCCCCAAAUCUAUGAAACUGCAUUGAUAACGGGGUUCAGCUGGACUAGACGCAACCAGGCCUGAUUACUGCAAACCCUGCUCAAUCACAUCAACACUUACAUAGAACUUUUUCAGCAGCAUGAAGUUGGUUAAAAGGUCUUACACAGUAACACACUAUGCUCCGAAGUUGAAAGAAGGUGAUUGAAAUACAUCAGUCUGGGAAGGGUUACAAAGCUAUUUCAAAGGCUCUGUAAUCAUCUUCUUCCUCAUCAUUUCUGGAAUUUAUUUCAACUUUGGCACAUAGUGUGUUACUGGCUAAGACCAGGUGACUGGACUGAUGGAGAUUAACAGCUGCUCUCUGGUACAACGAAGUUUCCUGUGGCAGGAUGUACGGUAGCUACUCUUUUCAGGAUUAAGAGCUAGAGCUAAUCCUUUAAUACUGAAAGGGAUUGUUGUAUAAAACAUCAUUUAAAUACACAACCUGUUUGCUUGGUCAGUACAUCGCGUCAACAUGCUGAACUAGCUGAACAGGUGACAAUGGGGUUCAUUUAAUAAUAUGUGUACAGGAUAUGAUAUUAAUAACCGGUUAUCAGUAUUAAUACUGAUUCACUUCUUCCCAUGACCAGAUUUUGGUAGGACAUUUUCAGGAAAAGCGUUCUCUGUCUGCAGAAUUUAAACAUUUUUCAACAUUACUCAGUCUCAAUUUUUGGGAUGAACAGAUUGAGUGGUGUGAAAAAUUGCUGCUACACUCAUUUGUUUUAUUUUGUUAGUCUUUUUCCCCAAUCUGUAUUAUGGUGUCACUCAAGGCUCUGUCUUAGGCCCUCUUACAUUUUCCAUUUAAAUAUAGCCCCCAUUAUUACAAGCAUAAUGAUGGUUUCAUUGUAUGCUACUGUAUGCUACUGUAUGCUCAGCAUAAACAGAUAUGCAUAUCAGAUUGGACAGGUUCAGCAGCAGAGGUAGGCAAAGUGGAAGACUACUUUUAAAACUAAAUUUAGAUUAAAACACAAAUACGGAUCUGUGAAAUCAAAAGCUUGGUAGCCUGGUGUAAGCCUUGUUGAAUGGUAUCGAUAUAUGCUAAUCCUCCCUGACACCGAAAAACUACCCUAACAGGAGGCAUGGGAUAGUCCUGGUAGUCACAUCCAUGAUGUGGACUUGCACCAGGUCUGGGCCAAUCAGCUGUUAAUAACACUGAACAAUAUCAGUCUUCAGAUUCAGAACUUACAUUCGCUGUAUGUCAAACUGUAUUAUCGUUUGGAUAAAUAUAUCAUUAUCACUAAUGUUUAUUGGUUCAGCCUGCUUGUUCAUAUUUACCACUGCUUAAAAUAAUCUGGGCCCGAUAAUAAAAUGACAUUUGGAUCUUAGGGCCAGAUGUAACAAUAUUAUUUGUUAAUCUUGGCCUGGUCUAAAUCUGUUUCGGUGCCGACCCACAAAAGGAGUCAGUUCCAAUAGUGAGUUACUCUGAAAAGGACACAGAGCUAGCUCUGUUCUGCAGAUCUAAAGUGUAUGUCAUGCUACAUUUGGCCCAAAUCCAGUUGUCUGGGUAGCGGAUUUCCUGAUUUCCUGAAGCAGUGCAACCCAUCCUGAGCACUUCACUCAGAUGUUUUUGUUACAUUGUCUCUAACUGCUAGCAAGAAAACAUAGAACCACCAUAGAACAGAAGAACCACAACAAUAAUCAUAUGAUCUUUUUAAAGUCAGAUUAAGGUAGACGUGUUUCAACUGGAAUAUUCUUGUGUUAUUUAUCUUAUUAAAUAUGUUUUUAAGUGAAGUAUAGUGCUUUUCUAAAGAUUGCGUUCCAGGCUGGAUUAAUACAUUAUCGUAACGAACUAACGUUAUAGUUGUGUCUAGGAGACUGUGAUGAGGAGAUCCGAGGUCAACAGCGGCUCGUGAAAUGAUCCAUUCCAUAAUUCUCCUUUCCCUCUCCCGACUUUGCAAUAUUCAGGUAGUUUUCUGCAAAAAGCGCAAAAAUGGCAUGGCUGAGCGGUUAAGACUCUGGGUUACUGAUCAGAAGGUUUGGGGGUUCAAGCCCCAGCACUGCCAAGCUGCCACUGUUGCACUGCCACUCUCUGCUCCAGGGGGUGCUGUAUCAUGGCUGACCCUGUGCUCUGACCGCAACUUCCUAACAUGCUGGGGGAUAUGAAGAAAAGAAUUUCACUUUGAUGUAAUGUAUACGUGAUUAAUAAAGACUCAUUAUU